AUGGAUCCCUCAAGGAUAAGAGAGAAAAUCGGUCGCUUUCGAAUACUUGUUAUAGGAAGAGAAAACGCAGGGAAAACUACCAUCCUUGAGAGAGUCUGCAACACACGGGAUAACCCUGAAAUAUACAACAGUGCCGGGGAAAAGGUGGGCAUCACAAUGCUGGUAUCAAGGUGUGCUCUUACUUCAGGACAUGAACUGAUGUACUCUCAGCGUGGAGAGCACGACAUCGAGAAUGAAAUGGUGUUUCAAAGUAACCCGGGAUUUGUGUUCCACGACUCAUGCAGGUUCAAGACAGGCAGCACAUCCAAAUUUGAGAUGGUCAAGGCAUUCAUUGCGAGCCGCUCUAAGGAAACCAGCAUAACAAAGCAACUACAUGCCAUCUGGUAA